UAACAGCUUUCGUUUAUACCUUCUCACGCCCUUUUCUUCUCUCUUCUAUAGCUCGUUCCACACGGCCACCCGAUGUUCCGAUACCUCGCCGCUCUGAUCCUCGUCGCCGCCUUGGCGGCGUCUUCGAGCUCCGGUGAUGCCCGCGUGGUCCAGCCCGUCGCCGAUCCUGCCGCCGCUGCCGGCCGUCGAUUAUUGUUUGGCUCCAUCGGAUGCAAUGAAUGCGUAGCCAUAUGCCAACAGGUGCACUACACGACGCUGUGCGCGACGAUGACGACGCUGCCCGGGGUGACGACGCCGCUGCAGCUGCUGGACACGGCCCUACGCAUCACGGCGACGAAGGCAGCGAUGACAGAGGUGAAGCUCGACCAGGCGAUGAAGUUGGCCAGCGGCAUGGGCAACGCGAUGUCGUCGUCGUUGGAGUCGUGCAAGGAGAGCUACGCGUCGCUGGUGGACUCGCUGCAGACCACGCGGAACACGCUCAAGAGCGACGGCAGCAACGCGGACCUCAUGUCGGAGCUGUCGGCGGCGGGCACCUACUCCACCGACUGCGAGGACAUCUUCGACGAGCGGCCGGAGCUCCAGUCGCCCAUACCAGGGGCGCAGCGCCAUGUCAGCCGCCUCGUCAGUAACUGCCUCGACCUGGCAGCCACCAUCAAGCAGCAGCCCUAG